AAGACAGGAAAUAAUGGUGCAUUUCUGUGAUCACUAAACUUAAAAGAUCUGCUAGCGUAUGGACCAUCCAAAGAAGGUGGUCUCAAACAAUCAUUUCACUGCUGGUGUAAUAGUCUAUGACAUUUCUAGCAUAUAUUAGAGCUAAUUGGUCAAUGGCCACCCACUUAAAAUAAGGCUUUCAUCACUAUAAAAUUCUUGGGUUCCUUAUUGGGUGCACAUAUAAGUCCUCUAUAUAUGUGUGUGUAUACAUAUAUAUUUUAGGUCUCAACUUUCAAGGUUAAAGGUCUUCUCUUGGUGUCCAAGAUUGUAAGCAACAGCAUACUGCUCAUGAAGGAAACACUGAGGUACUUGGCAGGCAUUGCAGGCCCAAGUGGUUAUGGCUCAAACUCAACAGCUGAGCAAGUCACUCAAGAUUGCGCCUGCUUAGUCCCUUCCAAUUUAACUGCUAUCAUCACUGGGGCUACCUCAGGCAUUGGAGUUGAAACUGCUAGAGUAUUGGCUAAGAGAGGUGUGAAACUGGUGAUUCCGGCAAGAGACUUGAAAAAAGCAGCUGAAGUGAAGGAAGGUAUACAGAAGGAGAUUCCAAAUGCGGAGAUUAUAAUAUUUGAGACUGAUUUAAGUUGCUUUGCUUCUGUGAAGAGAUUUUCUUCUGAUUUUCUUGCUUUAGGACUACCCCUUAAUAUUCUCAUAAACAAUGCUGGGAUAUUUUCUCAGAAUUUGGAAUUCUCUGAAGACAAAAUUGAGAUGACAUUCGCUACAAAUUACUUGGGACAUUUUUUGUUGACAGAAUUGCUAUUAGAAAAAAUGUUAGAAACAGCAGCAGAGACAGGCAUCCAGGGAAGAAUCAUAAAUCUUUCUUCUGUAAUUCACAGUUGGGUGAAGAGAGAUUCUUUUUGCUUCAAUCAAAUGCUAAAUCCAAAGAGUUACAAUGGCACACGUGCGUAUGCUCAAUCCAAAUUGGCAAAUAUAUUACAUGCCAAGGAAAUGGCUAGACAGCUGAAGGCAAGGAAUGCAAGAGUAACAAUCAACGCAGUGCAUCCAGGCAUUGUCAAAACAGGAAUAAUUAGAGCUCACAAGGGUUUUAUCACAGAUUCCCUGUACUUCAUUGCGUCCAAGUUACUAAAAUCAACAUCUCAGGGUGCAUCAACCACAUGUUAUGUUGCCUUGAGUCCAGAGACAGAAGGUGUAAGUGGCAAAUACUUUGCAGACUGUAAUGAAAGCAGCUGCUCAGCUCUGGCCUGUGAUGAAUCUGAGGCGCAGAAACUCUGGAGGCAGACCAGAGCACUCAUCCACAGACGACUCUGUCAGCCACCAGCUUGAUAUAUGUGUAUAUAUAUACGCUUUAAAACUACAAUUUUUAGAAGCCAUAUUGUAUAUAAACUUGUGUAUUUAGAUGCAAUUUAAUUAUAGGAUUAGGUAACUAAUGAUAAUAUUUUAGUUUUAGACGGAAAAGAAAAGGGGUUGUUCCUUUCUCAGAUAUUCUAUAACUAGUUGUAUAAUUCCUGAAUUUACAAAAAGCAAUUGUGUAGUGAGUUUAAUCAUAAUCAAUUAUGACAUCGUUAUGAUGUCAUAUUAUUAUUAA